AAUGGGCAAUGGGCUCUCGGCGUCCGGCUUGGUUCGCGGCGACAUGGCUAAACGCACCAAGAAGGUCGGAAUCGUCGGUAAAUACGGGACCCGUUAUGGCGCCUCCCUCCGGAAAAUGGUGAAGAAGAUUGAGAUCAGCCAGCACGCCAAGUACACCUGCUCCUUCUGUGGCAAAACCAAGAUGAAGAGGCGAGCCGUGGGGAUCUGGCACUGUGGGUCCUGCAUGAAGACAGUCGCUGGCGGUGCCUGGACCUACAACACCACUUCUGCCGUCACAGUAAAGUCAGCCAUCAGAAGACUGAAGGAAUUGAAAGACCAGUAGGAGCUCCACAGUUGGAAAUAUUGUGAGCCUAUAAUAAAUGGGUUAAUUUAUAUGACAAAAAAAAAAAAAAAAAAAAAA